AUGGCUAGCAAACCAAGCUUAAAUUUGAAAGAUAAUCAAUGGGAAGUGUGCAAUUACAAAAAUGAAAAAAAAAUUAAAUUAGAAAAAGUAGAACUUAACAAUUCUGUAAAUAUAUAUAAUUGUGAAAAUACAAAUUUUACUAUUGAGAAUCCAAAAUUUAAAUCAUUACAAAUUCAAAAAUGUGGAAAAUGUAAUAUUGUUUUAAAUAACUUAAUUUCUUCGAUUGAGAUAAUAGAUUGCAAAAAAAUUAAAAUUCAAGUUUUAGGAAAAUGCUCAUCAAUAUCUAUAGAUAAAUGUAUAGGAGUUGAAAUAUAUUUAUCAAAAGAAAACACAGAAUCAGAAUUUACUACUGCAUUAUCUUCUGAAAUGAAUGUUCAUUUUGAAAAAAAUGGUGAAUGGAAAGAGCUUACAAUUCCAGAACAAUAUCAGCAUACUUUAUGUGGCGGUAAAUUAAAUACAAGGGUUUCUGAUUUGUAUAAUUAUUAA